AUAUGGUUAAACUACAUCCAUGCGUAGGAAGAAAAGAAGUGUGACCCUAGUAAAUUAAAGAACUUGGGAGGACAAGAAGAGGACUGUUCCACGAUCCAAACUGCUUUACUUUUUUGAUCAUUUUAAGUUCCUGUAAAACUGAUAAUUUGCCCUUUUGAUUUGUUGCAUAUAUAUUAGAAAAGAUUUUUAAGAAAUGAUUAUUUGUUAGCACUGCCAUAUUCUUUGCGUGAUUUUGAGGAACGAUUUCCCAACUCCAAAUGUUGGAACCUGCAUCAAUAAUACUGCUACUUUAUUGUUGCCGUUUUAAAAAGGGAAACCAAAGGUAUUUUAAACAAUUUAUACCUAAAUUAAAACAGUUCAUGCCAGUGUUAAGAAAAAGUGGGAAUCAUAAAACUGCAAUCAGGCAGACAUUGGAAAGGAAUGGUCAUUUUACUGCUGCACAAUCUGCUAUAAGUUUCGCCAUUCCUCCAGUUUUACACGCUCCAACUCCUGACAUUCCCAUGAUGAAUUUUCUGCAGUUUGAAGUGAUUUUGCUAAGCUAUCUUGUCAUGGCUAUGCAGAUACAAUAUAUGAAUAUAUAUAAGGCAAAUUUCUACGUGAUGGACUAUCAUCUUAUUGUUUUUACAACUUUAAUAUUGUUCAGACGUGUAGCAUGGUUGAUACUAAAACAGACGUUAGCAUCAGAAGUAUUACAUACAUUUACAUACUGGUCGAAAGUCGCCUUAAAAUCUGUCUUGUUACUUUCGAUGAUGGCACUAUGUUUGUGGUCAUUAUAUAAUAUAAUGCAAAAUAGUGCUUUCGAAGACGUUCUGUUCCUAUGCUAUCCAUUUGGUGUGUAUUUAUGGACCUUUGGUUUUACUGUCAAUCCAUAUAGUCAUUGUGUUCUAUUUAAACUUGGAACCCAUCAAUCACCACAAGUUCAAGAACUCAUCACCGAUAACACAUCGUUGUUCCAUCAAGCUGUAACGUUGCAGAACAUACCGAUCAAUUCAAUGACACAAGUCGCCAACCGUAGUAAAACGAAAAUACACGAGAUGAAUGGAAAUACGAAAACUACGUCCAGAGAAACUAAUGGUCAUGUUGUGAACGGAUCAAGCGCAGCGACUAAAAAAUCCACGUGUCUUCGUGACCAAUGCGCUAUGUCUCCGGACACUGUACGUUAUGAAGCUGAAUGUUUAAGGACUGAUUUCAACUUACGAAUGAAGCAGAUAAUUUUUAAUUCCGUGAUUAGUGCAUAUUACGUAGCGUUUAUCCCGUUGAAAUUUACUCAGAAUGGUUGGUUAUAUUACGAUAUUGCAUGGUCAGCACAACAUAUAUUUUUCGUAUGGGUGAACACCUUCGUAUUAUUGGUCAAUUUUCUUGUACCUCACCAUUAUAUUGAUGGAUUACAUAAAUGUGCUCUUCACCUUGGCGGUUGGAAAAAAUAUAACGGACAAAGAGAAACGCCGCACGUGUGGUCACCCCUGACAAUCUGGCCACAAGAUACUCUCGUACGACAUAGUAAAGGUUUGUUUCGUGGCAUUGGAAAACAUAACACAGCUUCGCCUGGUGAUGCCCACCAUUCACGAUUUUAUUUUAUUUUCAGCAGUCCAUUGCGCCUGCUAAAUUGGUUAGUUGUACUACAGCUUGUUGCUUCACUCGUUCAAUUAUACGUAUUAGCGAAUUCCAUAUACUGGUAUCAAUAUUUGUCUGUUGUUGCCAUGUCAACGAUCAACAUGUAUCUUUUAUUUCGGUUGCUACGAGAGCGAUGGGCAGUAGAAGCAACGCUGAAAGAGCAUACAGUUUGUUCCGGACAGGGAUAGCAUUUUUACGCCGCGUUUUUGUUUGCCACUCUUAUGUUGCGUUUCUUGUAUCUCAUUACGUUUUUUAUACGAAAGAUUCGUUUCAUUGA